UGAACCAAUCAGAUCAGGGGACGGGUUUGACUUGACCAGCCGACCAAUCAGAGGAGCGCAGGGGGCGGGGCUUCCUACAGCUGACAUCAUCGUAAACCAGUGGAGUGGGAGGGUUGUGGAGGCUGGGCGACGAGGUGGGCGUGGGACUUUUAGUCGGGUCUGGAGAUUUAAGUCGGAAACUGGUUUGAAUGUGUGGCUCGGGAGUCAGCUGUUUUUCAUAAAAAACAAGGCUGGUGCAGCGCCAAGAUGGCGGCGCACGGAGACCAGCUUCCGCUGUGGCUGGGAACGAGGGGGCGGGUCUAGAUCUGCAUCACAGCUGAUCUGGAGGUUUUCCCCCCUCAAGUUGUUUUUUUUGCAGAGAGCAGCUUUGCAGAGAAUCACAGGAAGACCUCUGUCUUGUUUCACCUCUCGUUAUUUCUUUUUCUUUUUUAACCUAAUUGCUUUUUAAGACUUGAUGCAUUUUCUCCUCCAGCCCGGAGCCCGGCGCAGUUUCACGAUGCCACUUCUUUUCAGAAUAAACUGCUUUUAUCACAGGUUUUUCCACUCGUGCACUGUCGCCUUUUUGUCAUCCACGGUGCGGGUCUGACCUAGUUUUUUUUUUUUUUUUUUUUUUUCUUGUUAGUGUGUUUGCCUUCCAGCGCAUCCCAUGUGUUAGCGCGAGCCGCCAGUGGAGAUGUUUUCGGCAGCGGAGGAGGUCAAUUCCCGUUUGUUUACCUCGCUGAAGGAGUCCCACGGAGCUGCAAUCUCCCCAACACUGGAGCUCAGCCUCACCACCAUCUACACCGCCCUCUACUCUUUCCUGUUUGUUUUCGUGUACCUGCAGCUCUGGCUCAUUUUGCACUACGGACACAAGCGCUUCAGCUACCAGAGCGUGUUCUUGUUCCUGUGCUUGCUGUGGGCAGCGCUGCGGACGACCCUCUUCUCUUUCUACUUCAGAAAUGUGGUGCAGGCCAACCAGCUGCAGCCUCUGGCCUACUGGCUGCUCUACUGCUGCCCCGUCUGCCUGCAGUUCUUCACACUCUGCCUGCUCAACCUCUACUUCACACAGGUGAUGUUCAAGGCUAAAGCCAAAUAUUCACCAGAGCUCACCAAAUACAAGGUUCCUCUGCGACUGCUCUUCCUGUGUCUCAGUAUAUUUUUCCUGGUGGUUAAUUUGACGUGUGCGCUGUUAGUGCAAGGAGCUCUGGAGCGCUCUGAAUCGCCAAGUGAUGGUGGCAUCAGACAUGCAGUCCUCGCCCGGGUCCUGAUCAACGACAGUCUGUUCGUCCUGUGUGCCAUAUCUCUGGCCGUGUGCAUCUUCAAAAUUGCCAAGAUGUCGUCUGCUAACGUUUAUCUCGAGUCCAAGGGUACGUCAGUGUGCCAAGCGACGGCCAUAGGAGCGGUAGUGAUUCUGCUCUACACAUCCAGAGCCUGUUACAACCUGGUAGUGGUGGCCAUGUCUCCACAGGACAGACCCAGUCCCUUCAACUACGGCUGGUACAGCGUCUCCGAUCAGGCUGAUGUACAGGAGAUUAGCGGUGAAGCCUACAUCAUUUUCGGGAUCAUUCUUUUCUUCUGGGAGCUGCUGCCUACCAGCUUAGUGGUGGUUUUCUUCAGAGUUCAGAGACCCAACCAAAACCUGGCUCCGGGAGGCAUGAUCAACAGCCACAGUUUCAGCUCCAGGGCUUAUUUCUUUGACAACCCCCGGCGGUACGACAGCGACGACGAUCUGUCCAGAAACAUCAACGCUAGGAAUGAUCGAGCCAGUCUCCUCUCCACCACGCCCCAGCCGGGCAUGUCCACCUGGUACGGCUCCAUCCAACGCAACGGCAAUCUGGCGGCGGGAGUGGCGACUGCCGCCCAGCAGCCGCCGGCCUCCACGGCGCCGCUCCUCUUCGCCUACGGAAACAUCCAGAGUCUCCACCACCAGCAUCACAACUACUACUCCACCCCGCAGAACAACAACUACCACCCACACCAUCACAGCAACUACUAUUCCACGCCGCAGAAUUACUACUGCGGGUCGCAGACGUAUUUCUGCACGCCGCAGAAUUAAUCAGGACCUACUGUACAUAUUGAAAAAGACUCAUUACUAAUGAUUCUGUGUUUUCAUCGCCAUCAAAGUAGGUACUUUUGAGUGACCAAAUUAUUGCAGGUAGUGCAUAGAGAUUGGUUCACUAAACAAUCCCUGGUGGUGCGAACAGCCAGUUGGUGUUGGCAAAGACUACCUGCUAUUUCGGCAAGCAAGGACCACAGCAUAUUCCAAAAAAAAGCUAUUCUUGUUAAAUGUUUUGGUCACGUUAUCAUCGUCUAAGACUGGAACCGUCAGUGGCCGGUUAAUAAUUCAUCUCUUUUCUUGUGAAGGUCACUUAGUCGUAGAUUCAGUGGAGGGUGCAAUCCUGCACACACAGGGGCUAUGUAAGCUAACGUGGCUAAUUCCUAGGGCUGCCGUAGCUUGUCAGUCAACAGGUCACGACACGAGGACGUCGCAUAGUGCACGCAGUUUGUGUCAAACUGGGAAUAUAUGUACUACAAUCAUGUUAAUCAAAAGGCUGAUUUAGCCGGAAAGGUGCAGGAUAAAAAGGCUUUGACUAUGGAAAUGAAAGGGUAUACAUUUACAAAGGGCGUGGGGUUUGUCGCUCUUAUGCUGCAAUCACACUAAUACUAAAACUACUACUUCUUUGAAAACCAGUUGCAGCUUGUCGGGGUUUCGACGCUGGUGUGAAAACGGCAUUAGCUCUGGUCACAUAUGACAGGAAUUAGCCGAUGCUAAUUUGCCACCUAAGCUUGUAGCCAACGCUAACGGUUAGCCCUACAAACUCUCAGCAAAGUUAAAACACACAAAGCUAACGAAACUUAAAUCCAUCACGGUAUUUUAUGUUGUUGGAGGCACGUUUUUACUGUUUUAGACUGUGAUUGUUCAUUUUGGUGCCGCUCAAAGCUAGCAAGCUUAAUUAAGGUUAGCUAAAGUUUUUCUUUUACCAGUAGUCUUUUCGGUGUGUUCAAGUGCAGCCUUUUUUUUUUUUUUCGCUACUUGUGUAGUUUGACUUGUAAAAUAAGCUUAUGAUUCCUGGCAGUUAACAAAACACUGGUUUAACACUGAUUUAAACGUUAUAUUAUCGGUGUAAAUCGCUUACAGACCAGAACCACGUGUGUAACUUUUACAACAUGUAGCUGCCGUGCGGGCGUCACAAAGUUCAGCUCGGUUAGUACGUGCUGCUGCUGCUGCAUGGAAAUAUUUAACAGGAGCCCAAUCCAGCCCUUACUCAGCCACAAUUACGCAAACUAUGCGAAAAACUGGAGCGCCGAAUAAUUACGUCACACCGCAGCUGAUGUUGGGAGUUCAAACAUAUCAGACCACAUAACAUGGAUUAUUACUGUAUCAAUACGCCGCCUGAAGCUCAUUGUCGGCUCAGCCCUUUGACUGCGUGCUCCAGGUUUUUAAGGGUCUUUAAAAGAUAGUUGACCAAAAACUCUUUAACCUAAUCUGAGCUGUUUGCACUUAGAAGAAGAAGAAGUAGUUCACCUUCCGAGAAUACGGCUGUGAGCCCUGAAUGUAGGUUUUCUCGACCUUUGUCUAUAUUUUGCUAUCCUUCCUUUGAGAAAGGAAACAUCAAUGUGCCAUCAUCGCGUUAUUUUUCUUAUCAUAUCUAAUCGUUUCAUUCCUGGGGGAAGAUAUUUUUGCACAACGAAUGCUCGAAUGAUGCGUGUUUCUAAUCAGUCUCUAGUUUCGCGUUGGUACGUGUGUGUGUAUGUGUGUGUGUGUGAUCUUUUUUUGUGUGUUUUUGUACAUUUUAUUUUUAUGUCACAUUAAUUUUUUUUUUUUAACAGAUUUUAGUUUUUGUUCAUGCAUCUUCAUAAUCUCUCUCUCUUUUUGUGGUUUAUCAUUUAAAAAUGUUAUGAAACGCAACCUGUACAUGACCAUAUAGGCUUCGUACAAGAAAACAAAAUCAUCCAGAACUAAUAAGUCUCUGUUUCUUGUAAGAAAUUGCCGGUAAAAAUCUUUUAACAUGCAGCCUGUGCUCUGAGAUCCCAUCACUUUAACAUGCGGGCGCUGUGAAGCCCUCAUUGUUGGGUCUAGCUGUUCCCAUCUGCAGUGCAGAACGCAUGUUCCUGCAUCAAAGCCCAAGAAGUCGGUGUCAUUUUAUUUAUGAUAUUUGCUGUAUCUGCUACAAAAGAAAAAGAGAAAAAAAAAAGGUAGUGAUAAUUGUUUUCAUGCUAUGGAUUAUUUUCAUCCGUGGCCAUACUGAAUGUAACUUUGUGCAACAGAUCACUAAUGAUGUAUGCAAGAAAAGCACUACCGUGUUUAAAUAAAGGCCUACUGCACUGUU